AUGGCAGACGUGGAAAGAAGGAGUGAAUUUAUCGACACUAGCGAACGCAUCUUCAGCCAAAUGCAAGCGAAUCGGAUCGUGUGCUGCCCGAUUUAUAUUAACGUGUCGUUUCCCCACUGGUGUGGUAUCAACUUUGACAUGGAGCGGCAAACAGUAUGGACAUAUGACCCUUUUCACAGAGAGGAUUUUCUAAGCAAGGUGGAGGACAUAUUCGAAAGUCGAUUUGGACCCAUUAUGGCUAGUAUGAUGGAAGUUAAAAUCUUCCCAGGCUGGCUACAAGAAGACGGUUAUAGCUGCGGAGAAUUGGUUGUUCUCUGGUUCGAACAGUACAUGUCUAUCGCUCGAGUUACUCCACCCGACCAGAGCAUUCCUGUCCCUCGCGGCAACAAACUGCACCCCGACGAGCUGAUGUACAUGCGUUUCAAGCAUUUUUCCUACGUAUUUGAUCGCGUAAUGGCAGACGCAGACUUCCACCAAUAA